GUUCUUUGUCUAUCGUCACCCUAAAAAUAAGGAAAAUAACAAUGGGGGAAGCCGGAGAUCUGUUCGAACAAAUCAAAUCAGACAGCACUCGUCUCACCCAGUUCUUCUCUCCGACCUGAUCGGACCAUUUUGUCUCCAAAUUAGGGUUUUGUCUCGUCCAAUUCAAAUAUUUUUGUUGCCGCUAAACCCAUUGAUCAAAUUUUCAUAUAAUACGUUAAUUUUUUCUGUAAAUCUCUUGACCUGAAUUGCAUUCGUGAACGUUUCAAUUGAGUUUGUAGAGCCAGCCCUAGGAGCUUUGAGGUUGUGAUUCGUUUGCAUUAAUGGCGUCGGCUCUGGUUUUGCCUAAUUUGGCUAAGAAGCAAGAGCAUUUGGAAGCUGGAAAGCGACGGCUGGAAGAGUUCCGUAAGAAGAAAGCAGCAGACCGAGCGAAAAAGGUUGUAUCCGCAAGUCACGUUUGUACUGCUACUGUUGCGAGGCAUGACAAGCAACCUUUAGAUUCAAAUGGAGCUGGUACAUCUGAUGGAGUUAGUGAAGCGGUUGUUGAACCAUCACUUGUAGUAGUUGAUGAAAAUAAUGUGAUUGAGUUCGUCGAGAAUAAUGAGCUAGCUUCUUAUAACACACAUGCUAAUCCUCCCUUGCAAACAAAAUAUUAUAACGCAUUAUCUACAGAAACAGUGCAGGCUCCUGUGAAGAAUCAAGAAUUUGAUAGGUACAAUGCAUCACAUUCUGAUGGAACAGUAAAUGUGAAUUAUAGCGCCCAGACACAAGAGAAUAAUGAUGACUUUGCCAUUUCUACUGGAGCCACAGGAAGAACUGCGUAUAGGAUUAUUACAGAUCAAUCUGUUGCUUUCCAUCCUCAAGCAGAAACCAAUGGCAAUUCCAGUCAACCUAGUCAGUAUGGGUUGGAGGAAACCCAUUUAAAAGAUAAUGAAAGUCAUUUGACGGAUUUUACAUUUGGAAGUCCUACUUCUCAUGUUACUGUUACAAAUGUCUCUCUUGAAAAUUCUGGUAGUGUCUUACUGCAAUACAACAAUGGUUAUAGCAGGCCACUGGCCACUGGCCUGACAUUAUCCUCAUAUGAAGAUUCUAUUCAACCUUCCACCAAGAUUACAGAGUCUUAUUUUCAAGUUGGGCAAAACAUACAUGCUGUUACGGAGUCUACUAAUACUGUGAUUUCUGAUAUGGGGGAAAAAAACUCACUUAGUCACUUUCAUAGUGGAAACAGCACACCAUCGUGGCCAUCUGAAUCUCCAUCUACUGCUUUCAGUUUUGAUGGCAGAAGUUCAUCUAGUCAUCUACCACUGUAUCCAGCUGUAGCUGAAAUUAGCACUAGGAGAUCUCGUCCAUCUUUCCUUGAUUCUAUUAAUAUGCCAAAAAUUCCGCUUACUGAACCUGGGAGGGUUGAGAGUUCAAAAUUCAGUGACAGGCAUGCUGUGGCAUCAUCUGCUUUUGAGACGUCAUUUGCCGAGACUGAAACAAUUCAUCCUUUCUCAAAGUUCAGGGAUCCUAAUGUAGCUAGUGCAUUUGAGCAUUCCAUGACCUCUACAGUUUCUGCUAGAAAUGGGGAUGACAUGUAUGGUCAUACUUUCAAUGAAAACAUGGAUAGGAGACACGAUUCUUAUUCCCGAAAACAGGAUGAAGACUUUGCGGCUUUGGAACAGCACAUUGAAGAUUUGACACAAGAAAAAUUCUCUUUGCAGCGAGCUCUGGAGGCUUCACAAACGUUAGCAGAGUCUUUAGCUUCUGAAAAUUCGGCACUGACAGAUAGUUAUAAUCAACAGGGAAGUGUUGUCAACCAACUAAAAUCUGAGAUGGAAAAGUUACAGGAAGAAAUUAAGGCCCAACUGGAGGACCUUGAGUCUCUAAAAAGGGAAUAUGCUAAUGUUCAGCUAGAAUGUAAUGCAUCUGAUGAACAUGCAAAGUUGUUGGCUUCUGAAGUUAUUGGCUUGGAAGAGAAGGCACUUAGACUGAGGUCUAGUGAGUUAAAAUUGGAGAGGCAAUUGGAGAACUCACAAGCUGAAAUUUCUUCCUUCAAAAAGAAAAUGUCGAGCCUUGAAAAAGAGCGGCAAGAUUUACAAUUGACUAUUGAUGCUCUGCAAGAAGAGAAAAAGUUGUUGCAAGUUAAGCUAAUGAAAGCUUCUGUAAAUGGAAAGUUUGUUGAUGUUAGCAAGAAUCCCACUAACAAAAAAGAUGUGUCAACUUCUACAGAGGAUUUAGUCCACUUGAACAAUGCGGAUACUACAGCGGACACCUCAAACUUGGAAAUGCAUAGUACUGCUGGAAGUGAUGCCUCCAGUUCCUCCUUGCUUCCUGAUGAUGGACAGUUAAAUAUUCAAGUUGCAUCUUUAAAUAUUCCGCCUGAUCAGAUGAGAAUGAUUCUAAGCAUUAACGCCUUAAUUUCUGAGUUAUCAUUGGAGAAAGAAAAGUUGAUGCAAGCAUUGUUGGCUGAAUCACAUGAAAGCUCCAAUCUAAAGGAAUUAAACAAGGACUUAUCCCGAAAACUUGAAACUCAAACACAAAGAUUAGAGCUUUUGACUGCUCAAAGUAUGGCAAAUGAAAAUAUUUCAACAAGACCACUAGAUCCUUGCAGCAUGCAAGACAACACUCCAUACGCAGAUGAAGGCGAUGAGGUGGUGGAAAGGGUAUUGGGUUGGAUAAUGAAGCUCUUUCCAGGUGGGCCAUCAAGGCGGCAAACCAGCAAGCUUCUGUGAUUUGUGAGUAAUGACAGCUCUUCAAUGAAAGCUUAUUCGUAGAUUCCACCCCUAUUUUGGUGGUACAGUGAAAGGUCACUCAGAGUCUGUAAUUACUAAUUAUUGAGUCUAUUCUUUUUGAUAGAAGAAAAUGAGUUGUUUUUGAGAGGCUUUUCAACCAAUUGGAAGAUGCAAUUUUCAUCUCGCAUCAGAUCUGAAAAUAAAGAUGGCCCCUUGUUGCUUUUAUUAGUUACUUGGGUCUAUAAAAUUUUAGUGAGACAUUUAUUACACGUGAAAAAGAGAGAAUCACCGGAGAGAGGAGAGAGAAUGAAUUUGGUACAAUCAAAUAUGAGACUGUAAAAUGAAUUGAAUUUGUUUUGUUUUGUAGUUGUCAUAUUUAUUACACGUGAAAAAGAGAAAAUCACGGGAGAGGAGAGAGAAUGAUUUUGGUACAAUCAAAUAUGAGACUGUAAAAUGGAUUUGUUUUGUUUUGUAGUUGUCGUAUUUAUUGUGACAACUAGAAUGCAAGUGACAGAGUGUCCAAAA